CAAUUGGCAACUCGUUUUCUAUACUUUGAAAUACAUAUUAGAGAAGACUACUGUAGACAGUGUCUAAGCCCAAUGUCAUUGCCAGGCCUCGGGCUUCUAGCCGCCCAGGCUGGCCCAUCUUCAGUCCCAACCUCAUCUACUACCGCCGCCCCUGUAGUACACGAUCUCGCCGCCAACUCAGAAUGGCGAUUUGAAGUAGACAUCGGCACCUCGAUUGAAGUCAAGAUCCUCUCCGGCAGCGCUGAGCUCUUCGGCACCGAGCUGGCCGUGAAUCACGCCUACACAUUCAACGGCACCAAAGCCGCAAUCUUCACAUAUCAUGGCUGCCGUAUUGAGGUAACCGGCCAGUGCGAGGAGUACACCGCGGAGGAGUCGCCCAUGACGCAAUACGCCAACGUCCAUUUUGCGCUGGAGAACCUGCGUCAGCCUGGCCAGCCGGAGCCGCGGGUGCUGGUGGUUGGACCGAAUAAUUCGGGGAAGACGAGUCUGGUGAAGCUGUUGACGGCGUAUGCGACGCGGUCGGGGAAGCAGCCGAUAGUGGUCAAUGCCGAUCCUGGGGAGGGGAUGCUUUCAAUCCCAGGCAGUUUGACGGCAACGGCCAUGAGUAGUGUCAUUGAUGUCGAGGAAGGCUGGGGUAGCAGUCCCACGAGUGGGCCGAGCAGCGUGCCUGUGAAAUUACCACUGGUGUACUUCUACGGACUCAAGAGCCCAGAGGAUGAGCCGAAAUUAUACAAACCAGUGUGCACGCGACUCGCGCUCGCUGUGACGGAACGGUUGGUGGAUGACGAGGAGGUCAAGAAGUCGGGGGUCAUUAUCGACACGCCUGGUGUGAUCUCACAGGGGAAGAAUGGUUACGAUCUCAUCUCACAUAUUGCAUCGGAGUUCACAGUCAACGUGAUAAUCGUCCUCGGCUCCGAGCGCCUGCACAGCGACAUGCUCCGACGCUUCUCCAACGCUACACCUACACCUAUAACCGUGAUCAAGCUCGACAAAUCUGGUGGCUGCGCCGAUCGCGACGACGCCUACAUGUCCGCAUUCCGCCAAUCCCAGAUCCGCGAGUACUUCUUCGGCUCAAUCAAGCGCACACUGUCGCCGCACACGCAAACUGUCGACUUCUCCGCCGUCACGGUGUACAAGGUGCACGAGCAGAGCGGGAUGAUGAGCAGCUUCCUACCCGGCGGGGAGGAGGAGGUGGAGAGCCCUAUUUUCGAUCGUGUGGAGCCAAGCAGCCAGAUGCUGCAUUGUGUUAUGGCUGUUAUGUAUGCGGGGACGCAUGAUUCACUGGAGGUGAUUAGGGAUGCGAGUGUGAUGGGCUUUGUGUAUGUGGCGGAGGUGGAUGAUAAGAAGCGGCGGUUAAGGGUGUUGGCGCCGCUGAGUGGGAGGAUUGGGGAUAGGCCAUUGGUAUGGGGGAGCUGGCCAGAGGCGUCGGUUAGUUUGAUAUGAUGUACAAUGAAAUGACAUAGAAUUUGAAAAGCGAUUCACUGUGGCAUGCUCUCGGAAUGACAGUUCAAGUGUAGUAUGUAUUUUGUUUUCUAUGGGUAUCUUGGACGCCGAGAAAUGCAGGUAAAUAAUGACUCCUAUCUAAUAUCUCAUUAUGACUCCACAGUCCCAUCCCUUGUGCCACAAUCUCGCCUCCCUCACUACUCAUUUUCAACCAGCUUCGCCCUACUCAACCUCGCCUCAUCCCGCGGCGCACUGAUCGUAUCCAAAUACGUCGCGUCAUCGAUCCCCGACUCCAGCUUCGGCAAGUUCUCCGUAUCCUGCGCAAACAGCUCCUCGAACGUCUCCCACGCCGCAUCGCUAUUAUCGUCAAUAUACCGCAUCUUCUGCCACUUCUCCUCCUGUGCAUUCUUGAUUCGCUCCGCCAUGCUAUCCUGUCCAUCCUCUUCCCCCUCCCCUGUAGUCUUAACUGUCAUAUGAAUCGCCCUUGCACCCGCGCCUGCCGGCCCAGCCUCUGCCCUCGGGCGAGCCAACCUGUCCAGCUCAGCCGUCGCGUCGAUGUGGUGGAACUGUGGGCGCAUCUGCACGAUCUCAUCCACAGGGCUCAGAUGCAAUUGGCCCUUCCUGAAAGCGCCUAUGAAGUAGUUCGGGCUCGCGCUCUCCUUUGGCACGACCUGGCCGCCCAGUGUCUGUUUCGUGAGGACUCGUUGGCGCGUUAUGCCACCCGAGAAGUCAUCGAGGAUCUCUUGUUGGACUGCUAGUGUGUCUUCUUGGACUUGUCUCCCUCGUCCUGGACCGGGAGCCACACCGCCGAUGCCAAAGCCGCCAGCGAGGCCGUGGCUUCCACCCUGUCCUCCCGCGGUGCCGGUAUUUGAUUUCGCGGCGUUGGACUUCCGCAUUGCCUCUCCCCAUUGUAUGCCCUUGGUGCGGUCGUAGUUUGUCCAUGGAUCGAGGGGGACGUCAAGCUCAACGAGGCCAGCUUUGGGCUUUAGGCGGAGUUCGAUAGGUAGCGAGGCGUUUGUCGAGGAGUAGUCUUCUCGGGAGGGGCGGUUGGGGAAUUGGAGAAUGUAGAGCUGGCGGCCGUCUUCCCAUUGGGGUUUGACGUAGACAUCGUACGAGGCUUGUAUGGGAUCAUCCUCAUUGUCGUCAAUCACUGUGUCCCGUUCGGUCGAGCCCAUUUUGCUAUUGAUCUGCAGGAAUAUAUCGAUAUAGACGUUGAUGGAGUUGACCAAGUCAUAAGAAUCGUAGCAA